CUAAACGUACUUCUCCUGAUACAAUCCCGAUCAGUAAGAAGAGCUUCAUGCCUACCGAAAUUCCGGUUAUUAGGAAACGCACUUUUCCUAUUGCAGAUGAGGGCAUAAAUGGUUUUGGUGGCUUUGGUAGUUUUGGUGGUCUUGGUGGUUUUGGUGGUCUUGGUUUACUUCCGUUAGCUGGUGGUUUCGGCGCAGUUCCGCUUACUCCGUUUAACGGUGGCUUUGGUGGAGCUAUUCCAUUCGGUGCAAUUUGA